GGAGGAGUAAGGCCGGUGGGAGUUUAGGGGUAUAAAGGACUGAACCCUGCGAGCCAAGCCUGACCGCUCUUUGCUUCCUUUCUCUGGGCUGCUGCAGGAACUGUGAGCCAACACCAUGUGUGAUGACGAGGAGACAACUGCCUUGGUGUGCGACAACGGCUCCGGUUUGGUGAAGGCCGGCUUUGCCGGGGACGAUGCUCCCCGCGCUGUCUUCCCCUCCAUUGUUGGGCGCCCAAGACACCAGGGUGUCAUGGUGGGCAUGGGUCAGAAAGACUCCUACGUUGGAGACGAGGCCCAGAGCAAGAGAGGCAUCCUGACCCUGAAAUACCCCAUCGAGCACGGCAUCAUCACCAACUGGGACGACAUGGAGAAGAUAUGGCACCACACUUUCUACAACGAGCUGCGCGUGGCCCCCGAGGAGCACCCCACCCUGCUGACCGAGGCUCCCCUCAACCCCAAAGCCAACCGGGAGAAGAUGACCCAGAUUAUGUUUGAAACCUUCAACGUGCCUGCCAUGUAUGUGGCCAUUCAGGCAGUGCUGUCUCUUUAUGCUUCUGGCCGUACCACUGGAAUUGUACUGGAUUCUGGAGAUGGCGUUACCCACAACGUCCCCAUCUAUGAGGGCUACGCCUUGCCCCAUGCCAUACAGCGCUUGGAUCUGGCUGGCCGCGACCUCACCGACUACCUGAUGAAGAUCCUAACUGAGCGUGGCUAUUCCUUCGUCACCACUGCUGAACGGGAGAUUGUGCGCGACAUCAAGGAGAAGCUGGGCUAUGUGGCUUUGGACUUUGAGAACGAGAUGGCCACCGCCGCUUCCUCCUCCUCCUUGGAGAAGAGCUACGAGCUGCCUGAUGGGCAAGUCAUCACCAUUGGCAACGAGCGUUUCCGGUGCCCAGAGACCCUCUUCCAACCCUCGUUUAUCGGCAUGGAGUCUGCAGGCAUCCACGAAACCACCUACAACUCCAUCAUGAAGUGUGACAUCGACAUCCGUAAGGACCUGUAUGCCAACAACGUUCUCUCUGGUGGCACCACCAUGUACCCUGGCAUCGCUGACCGUAUGCAGAAGGAAAUCACCGCCUUGGCACCCAGCACCAUGAAGAUCAAGAUCAUUGCUCCUCCGGAGCGGAAGUACUCUGUGUGGAUCGGCGGCUCCAUUUUGGCUUCCCUCUCCACCUUCCAGCAGAUGUGGAUCAGCAAGCAAGAGUAUGAUGAAGCCGGGCCAUCCAUUGUCCACAGGAAGUGCUUCUAAAACGUCUCUUCAUUACCCUCCCUGGCUUCUCCAUUUCAGGUUCCAGCUGCUGUCCCUUCCUCCCAGAUUUCAUGGUGGUGCUUAUGGCAUUGGCUCACGCUGCAAGAGCCAUUCCUCCUCCUGACUCCCCCACCUAACCCCAGCGCUCAUUAUACUCAUGAGUA